AUGGCCUCUUCCAGCCACGGAAGCCCGGAAGCUGAGGUCUUUCCUGGCAGAGACGCCUUUCGACCUCGAAUCCAAGCUUUGAAUGUCGAAAAAGAAGAGCAACGAGUGCGUGGUGUGGACCGGCAUUACUGGUCUGGCUUAGAGUAUACUGAUAGAAUUGGAAGGAAAAAUGACACACCGGGUCCCCCGGUGGCCACUUGGAGAAGCAAUCUGGUGAGAAGAUCUUUAAACCUCUUGUAUCUGAUAACCCUGCUGACCGAUCACCAGGCGGCUUCCUCCCAGCGGCGUAAUCUCCUUUUCGUAGCGCAUGGCUGCGAUAUCUAUGUCUGGGUACCAUCGAGUCCUUUCCAGCUUUUGGGGUCUCAAGCCGAGAUGAUCAUCAAACCCAUUAUGAAAAAUCCCCUUGCCGAUGGUUACAUUGACCGCGCGAACCCCCACACCAUCAACAACAUCCUUGUGGAUGAAUUAGGCCGUGAUGAGGUCUUGCUAUUAGCCACUGAUUCCGGCAACGUCUGCGGCUACCAUGUUGAAGCGAUAUUCUCGGCCGUUAAGCGAUGCGCAAGGGGCGAAUAUAAACGACCAUUCGAUGGCGCUGAAGUGACGCCGUUCUUCGUGGAAAAUGUCGGAAUGAGCGCCUGGGGCUUGGCAACCCACAAAUUUGCCCGUCUGAUUGCCAUUAGUGCCAAUACUGGCCAGAUCACCGUGUACGCAUUUGCACUGGUGGAUCCCUCACCUGGGGACAUUCAUGAACCUGCUCCAGACUCGGACUCGGACGGACUGAAUCUUACUCAGUCUGAUCAGACCUGGGUAUCUAUUCACAAUAUAAAGCAAUUGCGGGAAUUACAGAAGCUGAUGCCUUAUAACCACCGGUCCCGCAAUCUACGGUUGACAUACAGAGGUCACUUUGAUAAUAUCCCACAUAUAUCGUUCGCCAAUUUUGACUUGGACGCCAAUGGGUCGUGGAUGUCCAGCACUGAUAUUAGCAAUCGAGUUAUUAUUUGGCGGAUCUGGGAUGACCUGGGCCCCUAUCGGGUAUACUAUCCCGGCCACCCGAUGAACAACCCUCCGCAAAGAGGCUGGACCGUCAUACCGCUGGACCCACGCACUUUCAGACGGCACCAGACCAAAGAAGACGCAUGCGGGUGUCAGCCAGGCUCAGUUCUGAUAGCGUCUCGGACGAUCCUAGAUGUGUCUAGAGCCAUCGAGGAUGUUCCAGAUGCCUCGCAGAUAUUCGUUUUUGGCACCAUCAAUUCCAAUCGCCCACGCAACCAGGAUCGCAGGAUUGAGAGUCUACCUGAUGACAUCUUCUCUCCUGAUUGCAGGAUAGAUCGGCCUUCUUCACCGAGCUUAAGGCCUGACUGUGGCCACGAUCGCACGGCUGGUGAUGAGCCUAACGCUGGGCCUGAGGGAACCGGCUCAAUAUCCAUCGGUAGUUCACAACGGGAAGAUAAACAGAGCAACACAUCGCACCGAGUGGUGCGAAUCAAACGCCCUCUUGCAAGCCUCCCCGAAGAAGACAGCGGGCACUACUGCGUAUCACCAUGUUUGCACCCAGACUAUAGCUACGACUAUGAAGGGUUUUCCGAUAAUAAUCUUAAACUCUUCAAGGAAAGGCCUGUACAUCCUGCACAUCCUGCCCAGUUCUUCCCCACCAUCCAUUUCUCCGAGCACCAUAUCAGCAUGGCACCCUACCCAAUCGACUCAGAUUAUCACCUCCUCAGCAGAACCCCGCUAUUCCAACGCUUCUCCUUCAACGUCGAGAUUAGCUCUGCCUGCGAUCGUUUCAACAUGGUGAAAUACGUCCCCGAGCUCGGCAUCGUGGUUGCGGCGUCGCAGAAAGGCCGGGUAGCAAUCAUCUCCCUUACCUGGCAAGGAGAAAUCGGCUAUGCAUUCCGCCUUGAUUGGAUCCUUCCGUUCUAUACACAAGAACGCGACGAUGAACGGCCCAUGAUCCCGCUCCUGGGAAUGGCGGUUAGUCCUAUGCCAGGGUAUGAGAUCCCGCCGGACGUGCCAUGUAUCCCGCGUGGCGUGGACCCGGACGACUGGCUCAAGUUCAACUACCGCAUCCUCCACCCUGAUGAAGACGACACACCUUCUUCGCCUUCAUCUAUAACCUCCGAAGCCCCUGAAUUUACAUCCACGGCUCAGAAAGGCUUCCAAUCCGGAGUCGAACAAGACUCCGACUCCGACUCCGAAUGCCCGUCCGAAUCACAAUCGGAUGCAUCUUCCUCCGACACCCCCUCCAAACCUAUAAAAACAGCGGAUGGCCACCAGAAAUACACCCUCCCAGAAAUACAUGCCCACGCCUCACAUGCUUACCGUCCCCAGGAACGCUGGCACGGAUGGCACCCUUCCCGCCACUACCGGUUACUCCUGCUGUUCUGUGACCACACGGUCAUGAGCUAUGAAUUCUGGCAUGACUGGAAAAAUUGA